AUGAUGGAUGGCGCUAUCGCCAUUAGAUUCACGAACGAAGUAGACUGCGGCCAAAUCGGUAUUAACGUGCCGAAUCCCUGUCCCUCUACCCAUGUUCUCAUUCACCGGGUCACGUGGUUCGUUCAGAGGAGACUUGAGCUUCUACGGAAAAGUGGGUUUUAUCAGCUACAGCGCCCUGUGAAAGCAAUCGAGAUCACCGGAAUCUUUCCAGGCUGGAGUUCAAUUCUACACACAAUGGAAGACCAGAGAAUCUAG